AUGGCAAUCAAAGUUGUUCCCUUGACCGAGGAAGAUAUUCCCGCCACAGUCGAGGUCAUUCAACAAGCCUUCGCUGACGACCCUUACUUCAACUGGGUGUUUGACAAGUCUUCGUUCAAUCCUCAAAGAAACUACGACUCAUUAGCAGCCCGGUGUCGCUGGGGCAUCAAAAAUGCCAUUUUCGAAGUUGCCAAGGACACCGGCGCCGACAGUGCCUCGCCCUCAAUUCUCGGAGUGUCAUGCUGGUUAGCUCCGCAACAGGAAUCCCAGCCAGAAUCCUGGUACUCAUGGUACCAGUCCUGGGUCUUAUCGUGGCGCCAGCUCGUCACAAAUAUCCGCUAUGGCGGUCGGGGUGGUCUUCGCACCCACCGGUAUUGGAUCUGGAAAGACCGUCAACAAGAGGCACAAAAGUCGAUCUGGGACGAUCCACGCGGGUACUACUUUUGCAACAUUGUGGCAGUGAGUCCCGAAGCGCAAGGUCGAGGUGUUGGAAGGAGGCUGUUUGAGUCGGUCACAAAUAAGGCUGAUAGGGAGGGGAUGAAAUGCUACCUUGAAAGCUCGAAGAAAGAGCCAAAUGUGAAGAUCUAUGAAAAGAUGGGAUUCGAAAUGAGGAAAGAAAUGGAAUGUCGGGAUGGUGAUGAUGUUUGCAUGUACUUGGCUAACUUUGGAAUCUCGGGUGGCGUCCAUAUAGAUUUAUUGUAUGGUGCGGGAGCCCAAUCCCACUCAGUAGAAGAAAGCUGGAGGGUGGAAACCCCCAUACUCAGGGACUUGAGGCUCUGA